GAUGCCCGGGGGAGGCUGCCGCUGCCCGCGGAGGAGAAGGGAUCCUCUUUGACGUCAAGCCAGCAGAGUGUAACGAUCGCUCGUUCAUAUCCGGGUCCCCGGGCGGCUCCCCGGGGCCGCGCUCGGCCGUGAGUGAGGCGGAGGGCGGGCAGGGCAGGGCAGGGCAGGGCGGCCGCCCGCCCGCCCGGCGGUGACCGGCGGCGAGCGCAGCAUGCCCGCCGCCUCAGAGGCGCCCGCCUCCCGCCGCCGCUGCCCAUGGAGAUCGCGCUGGUGACUCUGGAGAACGGCGGCACCACGGCCAUCGCGGGCGGCGAGGAUGCCGCGCCCGGCGGCAGCUCCCGAUCCCGGCGGCGGGGGAACUUGCUCCACCUCGCCGGCUCCGCCGCCGUGCCGCGGCUGAGCGACGCCAAGGAGGGUGCCCCGCCGCCUCCUCCUCCUCCUCCGCCGGCGGCGGACGAGCAGCGGGAGCGGCCCCCGCCGGCCCCCCGGGGAGGAGGAGGAGGCGGCGGCGCGGGCGGCCCCGAGGGCCAAGCGGCGGCGAGCGGAGCCCCCCCCGCGCCCCAACCGCCGCCCCGCGCCCCGCGCCCCGGCGCGGCGGCGGAGAUGGGUCCCGCGGAGGAAGGGGGGCACCGCCGGGGCAUGGCCAUGGCGGCGGCGGCGGCGGGCGAGGAGGAGGAGGAGGAGGAGGAGGAGGAGGCGGCGGCGGCGGCGACCAUGCACCACCAGCGGGUGCUGAUCAACAUCUCCGGGCUGCGCUUCGAGACCCAGCUGGGCACCCUCAACCAGUUCCCCGACACGCUGCUGGGGGACCCCGAUAAGCGCAUGCGCUACUUCGACCCCCUCCGCAACGAGUACUUCUUCGACCGCAACCGGCCCAGCUUCGACGGGAUCCUCUACUUCUACCAGUCCGGGGGUAAGCUCCGCCGGCCCGUCAACGUCUCCAUCGACGUCUUCGCCGACGAGAUCCGCUUCUACCAGCUGGGCGAGGAGGCCAUGGAGCGCUUCCGCGAGGACGAGGGCUUCAUCAAAGAGGAGGAGAAGCCCCUGCCCCGCAACGAGUUCCAGCGCCAGGUCUGGCUCAUCUUCGAGUACCCCGAGAGCUCCAGCUCGGCCCGGGCCAUCGCCAUCGUCUCCGUGCUGGUCAUCCUCAUCUCCAUCAUCACCUUCUGCCUGGAGACCCUCCCGGAAUUCAGGGACGAGAGGGAGAUGCCCGUGCCCCUGCCUCCACAAAGAGGAGGUUUGAACGGCACGACCGGGGACUCCCCCCCCGUGCAGCCGCCCAGCAGCCUCUCUGACCCCUUCUUCAUCAUCGAGACCACCUGCGUGAUCUGGUUCACCUUUGAGCUCCUCGUCCGCUUCUUCGCCUGCCCCAGCAAGCCCGAGUUCUCCCGCAACAUCAUGAACAUCAUCGACAUCGUGGCCAUCAUCCCCUACUUCAUCACCCUGGGCACCGAGCUGGCCCACGAGCAGCAGCAGCCCGGGGCUGGCAAUAGCAAUGGGGGCGGGGGCCAGCAGCAAGCCAUGUCCCUGGCCAUCCUCAGAGUCAUCCGCCUGGUCAGGGUCUUCAGGAUCUUCAAGCUCUCCAGGCACUCCAAGGGGCUGCAGAUCUUGGGACAGACUUUGAAAGCCAGCAUGAGGGAGCUGGGCCUCCUCAUCUUCUUCCUCUUCAUCGGCGUGAUCCUCUUCUCCAGUGCUGUCUACUUCGCUGAGGCCGACGACCCCGAGUCUCAUUUCUCCAGCAUCCCUGAUGCUUUCUGGUGGGCGGUGGUAACCAUGACCACCGUGGGCUAUGGGGAUAUGCGACCUGUCACCGUGGGGGGCAAGAUUGUGGGCUCCUUGUGCGCCAUCGCGGGUGUGCUCACCAUCGCCCUGCCUGUCCCCGUCAUCGUGUCCAACUUCAACUACUUCUACCACCGAGAGACUGAUCACGAAGAGCAAGCUAUCCUCAAAGAUGAACACAGUAGUGCUCAGGGCAGCACAGCGGGGGGAGAUGCGAAGAGAAGGUCCAGUAGAAACUCUCUGAACAAAUCUGUUGUGCACUUGGAAAACAGUGAGGGGUUCAACAAUGACACCAGCUCCUUAGAGAAAACCAAUAUCAAAGCGAAAAGUAACGUAGAUCUCAGAAAAUCCCUCUAUGCUCUCUGUCUGGACACCAAUAGGGAAACAGACCUGUAAGGAGAGGAGAGAGUUAGACUUCAGAGAUGCGGAAGGAUUUACCGGUGUCAGAAACUUACUACUAUAAUUAUUCUUUUGGUACCCACUAGUUUUUUAAAUCAGGCUAUAUUUUAUAAAUUGAUCACUGUCCUGAGUAGUCCUCCGGGAAUACAUGUUUUUAUGUUCUUUUUCCAUGACACAAAGGGUCACCUAUUUUUAAAAUGGACUAAGAAUAAGCUACGCUCCAUGAUGCAGGAGCUGGUAAAUUAUGACAGUGCAAAAUCUAAUUUGUAGAAAGUUAUUUUAGCAAAUGGUGGUUGGUUUUAAAUGGGUCAUUUGUAACCAAUUCAGUUGCUCCAGGUUUAGUAUUAAGGAGUUGGGGGGGGGAUGUGUGUGCGGAGAAUGAAUGGAGGGGGGUGUCAGUUUUUUGUACUGUAGUUUCAAACUGAAAUUAUUCCAAUAUAUUUUAUAUCUGUAUAACUGUAUUUAUGGUUGAAAGGGGAUUUCUUAUUCCUGUGAAAUACGACAUCGUUAAAGCACUAGAACAUUAGCAGAUCAGCACUUUCAGAGUUUUCCACUUGUGAUCAGUACAGAUCUGGUUAUCUAGUAUGUGAAGUGAAUUUGGUGCUUUUAACCCUAUAGCAGAAAACUUUUACUGUCAUUGAUAUGUUAGUUUCUUGUGAGCCUUAAAUUAUUAAAUAUUGUAGAUAUACUUCUUUAUAAAUAAUUUUAUUAAUUACCUUGCUGUUUCAGAAUUUCUAAAUUAAGUCAGUCCUGUGCUUACUCUCCCCACCCAAAAAAAUGUAUGUGCAGCUUUUUUUUUUUUUUUUUUUUUGGUAGUUUUAUACUUCAGUUAUAUUUUUGAGACCGAAAGAAAAAAAUUAUUGUCUGCUGUUACUUGUUGCGAUCCAAGUGCACAACAGAUCAAAAACACGAGGGAAUGGAUAGAUAUAACGAGAAAGUAGAAUAUGAGUGCAAUAUCUGCAAAACUGUUUUCAUUGUACACUCCAGAUUACUUUGGCGUGUGUAUCAGUCACUUUUAUGUAUCCAUACCGUUUGUGUACACAGUUCACUGGUUUUAAUUAUCACAGACUGGAAACGGAUGGCACUUAAAGAGUCUAACAGGGCAUGCCGUGCUACUUAAAUAACCAUUGCGUGGCUUAUAUCUUGGACUCGGACGGACAGCAUCGCCCUUCAUCAAAACACAUCCUUGUUUUCUUUUAUUUCCAAAGAAAACCUUUGCAGUGCUGUGGAUUUUACAGUUAAGAUGCUGUUGAAAGGCGAAUGACUCAUUAUCUUCAUCGUGAUAACACAGCACUGUACAGCUUACUAGUGAAGACUGACACAAAGAUGCUUCUUUACUUUAACUCAAAGAGCUGUGUUAUCAUUUUUCUUGCAAAGGACAUCCCUGUUUUCCCCUCAAACUUCUGUUUUAUUGCUGAAGGAUGUUUCAUGCCUUUACCACAUACAGUGGCACAGCAAGACUAGCAGAAAGAGAAGCCUUGAUUGUCAACGCUCAAGAGCGACCUGGAGCUCCUGCAGUAGCGCUGUUCUCCAGAUGGCUUUCCGCGGCAUCGUCUUCCGUAACACACCAGUGAGCCACGAGACUGAGACAGAAAUUCCAGUGUGGGGAGGGUGUGAGUCAUGAGAUGAAGUCUGAUUGCUUUCCUCCUGCGGAUACCGACCAUUAGGAAGACACUGCUGCAGAGACUGAAACCAAACCCAUUUAUUCCUUGUUCUCAAGUCAUCUUGGGUUAGAAGUUGCCGAAAAAUUUUCUCCUGGAUAAAAGACUGUGAUGUCCCCAUCAAGCAUACUUUCUCAGUGAGUUGGAUUUCUUCAUUCAAAUUGCUGAAAAUCUGUUCUGCGUAGAGGUUUCUCUCAUAGAGGAAUUGUUCAGCACCACAAAAGGAGUGUGCAGGGGUCCCAUAAAAGUUUAAAUGCUUUCAACUCCCUCCCAGGCACAAGACGACUUUACUGCUUGAGGUUUUGUUUGGAAACAAAUGAGUUCUUGUCAUAGAUUGGGCAUCUUCUACCAUGGUUCUUACAUGUCAAAAUUUCUCAUCGUUCUGGAAUAAGAUUCACGUAUUUGUUCUUUUUCUUUUAUUGGCAUUCAUCUUUGUUUAUUUAUUUUGUAUUCUUGAGAUGUGUUGCAUCUCUGGAGUUUGUAUUUCUACUUUUAACAUAAAAAUGCUGUACAUACAGGUCUAGAAUGCAUCUGAAGAUUAGUCUAAUUUUUCAUGUGACUUUGACUUGAACAUUUUUCUGUUUAUGUUUAUAUUGCUAUUUCAAAAAUGUGCAUUACCUGUAUUCUUUAUGCCUUUUUCCCAUCUAUAACUCAAUAAAAUUAUGUCCCCAUUCUGCAGAACCUUA